CGAGUAAAGUAAGCGAGUAGAAGAAGUAUUGCUCUUUAUUCUCUGGUCGCCUCGACUCUGCCCCCAUAAAGACCCCUUCGAAACCGGAAAAACGUGACGGAAACAAACGGAACCGAUCCAGCGGCGCAACUCGUCCUCGCAGAGGAAGACACGGGAAGCAAAGAAGAGCCCUAAGCGUCUCGUUUCCGGGAAAGGAGAGAGUAUAUUCUUCGAUAGAGAUCUAGCAAAAUGUCUCCGGUGGAAUCGACGCGCGAGGAGAAUGUGUACUUGGCCAAGCUGGCGGAGCAAGCGGAGCGGUACGAGGAGAUGGUGGAGUUCAUGGAGAAGGUGGUGAAGACGGCUAAUGUGGAGGAGCUUACGGUGGAGGAGCGCAACCUCCUCUCGGUGGCCUACAAGAACGUGAUCGGAGCUCGCCGCGCCUCGUGGCGCAUCAUCUCCUCCAUCGAGCAGAAGGAGGAGAGCCGCGGCAACGAGGAGCAUGUCGUGCUGAUCAAGGAGUAUCGUGGGAAGGUCGAGGCUGAACUCAGCAAGAUCUGCGAUGGGAUCUUGAAGCUGCUUGAUUCCCACCUGGUGCCCUCUGCGAGCGCGGCGGAGUCCAAGGUGUUCUACCUUAAGAUGAAGGGUGACUACCACAGGUACCUUGCAGAGUUCAAGACUGGAGCUGAGAGGAAAGAAGCAGCUGAGAGCACUCUGUUGGCUUACAAAUCUUCGCAGGUGUGUGCUCGUAAUGUGUUAAUCUUUUGCUGAUUCUUCAAUUUCCAUUCUCUUUCUUUUGAAGUAAUCCAGUGGAAUGCUAAGAAAACAAUGUUCUCCUAUUGGCAAAACAAGUGUAUGUGAUGUAACUUAUUCCAGGUGUAUGAGGAAAACAAAAGGAACAAUCAACUAUGGAACCACUCUGGUAUAGGCUAAGACUUUUUAAUGGAUAAACUACAGUCGAAUCAGUUCUGCAGAGGAAGCAUUUAUUUUCAGUCUUCAUUUUGGUGUUUUAUGUUUUUUUAUUUUAAUUUCCCAUCACCUGCAUUGAGAUGCUUCUUUUCAGUAACUACCUUGGUUUUAACAAAAUCAUUUUCAUUUCAUAGAUACCAUACAUGCAUGAAUGUCAGGGUGAGCUUUGGCAUAAUGUAAUGUUACAACCUGGUGACCUGAGUUCAAGUCAUGUAAAUGGCCUGUCUGAUUGCAGGCCUAAGAUUGUGAUCAAACUCUCACAUUUUGCAUUGGCAGGAGACAUGUGUACUAGGCCAUUCUUUUGCUUUAGAUAUAAAUGGAUGCGAGUGUAAUAAUGAUAACUCAUUACAUCGCUGUUUGUUUGCCGCAUAUUUUCCACGUUAAAAUUCUCUUUAUUAUCUUCUUCUAAGUCAUCCUUGUAAAUUUAGGUUCAAAUUAUGACAUUCAAGAAAUCUUUCACAGGAUAUUGCUGUAGCUGAACUGGCCCCAACUCAUCCAAUACGACUUGGUCUGGCGCUUAACUUCUCUGUGUUCUAUUAUGAGAUUCUUAACUCACCAGACCGUGCUUGCAGCCUUGCAAAGCAGGCUUUCGAUGAGGCUAUCUCUGAACUUGAUACUUUAGGUGAGGAAUCGUACAAGGACAGUACGUUGAUUAUGCAGCUUCUCCGAGACAACUUGACAUUGUGGACGUCUGAUAUGACGGAGGAUGUUGAUGAGAUCAAGGAAGCUCCAAAGAAGGAAUCAGGAGAUGACCAGUGAUCUUGAUUUAGUUACUUAUGAUCAUUAAUGUAGAAUCUACCUUUAAAUAGGUGUUGUGAGAAUCUUCUGCUUUUUGAACAUUCCUCUCUUCUUGCUCUGUGGACAACCGUACUGGGCAAACCAUUAUUUUCCGAAGAUUGGAUUCUUGUUUGUCUUCAUUAGUAAUAUAUGUAUGACUACGCUAUCUUUAUGUGUUGUGUGAUAGAAGAAGUUCCAAGGAUAGGAGAUCCAUAUGACUACGCUGUCUUUAUUGGAGCAACUUGUGUCACCAAGGGUAUGUCACCCGCCUUUCUCAGCUCGUCUUUUAUGUUUCGUUUCGAGCUAUUCUUGUUAUUGGAUAUUUUACAGUGUAUUGGUUUAAGUACGCAGUAUUAUUUUUGCAA